AUGGGACGAUUUGGACCAACCAGCGAUGCCAACCAGGGUACCUCACUGGAAGGAAUCUCAGUUCAAAAGGGCCUACAAACGUGGAUUGUUCCAGUGACGGGCCAGUAUCAAGCUGAACUGUGUGGAGCUUCAGGAGUGGACAACAGUUUCUAUAACACCAAAGGUGGAAGAGGCGCUAGAGUAAAAGGAAGCAUUCAUCUGGAAAAGGGAACGCAGCGGACGGUCUUAGUUGGGCAAAAGGCUACUGGAGGAGGUGGUGGUGGUGGGACGUUUGUUGUGUUCGCUGCUGAUGGAAGUCCUUUGGCCCUAGCUGGGGGUGGGGGUACGGCAGAUGUUGCAGAUGGUGAUCCAGGGCAAGGCAUAAAUUUUGGCAUUGUUAAUGGUGGGGGAAAGGCAAAAGGAGGGAACGCCUGCGUAUCAAAAAGCCGUUUUGAUACUGUAACAGGAGUUGGUGGAGGGGGCGGCCUUAUUUCUGACGGAAGAUGCUUCGUAAAAUCUUUUACUGCCGGAGGCAGAGAGGGUUUCAAUAAAGACAGUCUAUGUGCAGGAGGUUUUGGCGGCGGUGGUAACCGCGGGGGAGGGAGUGGAUUCUCUGGCGGAGGUGUUCAAGUUUCCAAGAAUAUAAAGAAUAUCCAUACAGGAGGGGAAGGGUCCUUCGUCCCUAACGGGAAAUGGGCAGCUACUUCCGGAGGCUGUCUCGCAAGGGACGGAUUUGCUAUCUUUGAAUUAGUUUUACUGGGUCACUGA